UUAGGAACCCCAACCUUUGCAGCGCGUUCCACUCACGUGCUAGAUCUUCGCUUCUCCGCUUUUCCACUUUCCGACGGAGAACGGCCAGAAUCUGAGAAUUUUCCCGAGAAAAAUGGCGCUCGCUCACUCGCUCACUCCCCUCGCCAAACCCUCGAAACUUCCAUCUCUCCCGGCUCCCAUUUCCAAAUCGUCCUUCUUCUCCCUCUCCCUCUCCGCCCGGAACCACAAACCCUUCUCCGGGCCCCGCCGCCGGAACCCCCGAAUCCAAUGCCUCUUCACCGGAAUCGUCGAGGAGAUGGGCCGGGUCCAGCGGGUGGGCCGGGUCGACGACGGGUUCGUCAUGCGGAUCGGCGCGAGGACCGUCCUCGAGGGCGUCGGCCUCGGCGACAGCAUCGCCAUCAACGGCACGUGCCUCACGGUCACCGAGUUCGACGCCGCCGGGUUCGCCGUCGGGCUCUCCCCCGAGACGCUGCGGAAGACGUCCCUGGCCGAGGUCGAGGCCGGGUCGGCCGUGAACCUGGAGCGGGCGGUGCUGCCGACGACCCGGAUGGGGGGUCACUUCGUGCAGGGCCACGUGGACGGGACCGGGGAGAUCGUGUCGAUGGAGCCGGAGGCCGACUCGCUGUGGGUGAAGGUGAGGACGGAGAAGGAGCUCCUGAGGUACGUGGUGCCGAAGGGGUUCAUCGCCGUCGACGGGACUAGCUUGACGGUGGUGGACGUGUUUGAUGAGGAGGACUGCUUCAACUUCAUGCUGGUGGCGUACACGCAGCAGAAGGUGGUCAUUCCUAUGAAGAGAGUUGGGCAGAAGGUGAAUUUGGAGGUGGACAUAUUGGGGAAGUAUGUGGAGAGGCUCCUCAGUAGCGGGUUUGUUGAUUCGAUAAAGGCUCGUUGAUUCCGAAGGUGAUGAUCUCUCUCUGUAGGUGGGAUGACAUUGGAUGGAUGCUACUGAAAAGUCUGUUUCUCUGAUGUUAGUGUUGCUAUAGAACUUUGCUUGGAGUUUUGUCUGUUCUGAAAUAAACGAGUUCAAGGCUUGACAAGGAUUUGUCAAGCAGCAACACGCUGCCUCAAUCCUUAUCGUUUCCAGUGCUCAUGCCUCUUCUCCACAAGAUUCCAAUCAAGUUGUAGCAAGCUUUGCUGAAUUCAGUCUCCAGGUGGCAUUCAUCCCUUGGGUAAACAAGAAUUGGCCUGGUGGUGACAUUUCUGUAUGAGAUGUAACUUGUUUUUUUUCUUUGGUCAAAGAGAUGUACCUUUUAAGAUGGUCAAAUUUGUUUCCAUGACAUUGAAAUAAUCAAAGAUUAAAUUAACGGGUGCCCUGCAGUGCCCACUUAAUGCUUCUGUUCAACUUCUGCCAUAAUGGCUAUGAAUAAUUUUAUGAUUCCCGGUUCAGUUGGGGCAAGGAAACACUAUCAGUGUGUUCGCACAGGAGCGAAUGCUCAUUAGGGGCUUGUGUCAAGUUGCUCAUUUUUCUUACCGUAGAUGAUGCUUCAUGUAAUGCCACAGUAUUCAAAAGGAAGGUUCUUUUGUUUUGUAUGUA